AUGUGGAGACCAAUUGAACCAAAAGAAUGGACCAAAACAUUCAAUAAAAAUAGAACUGAAAAUUCAAAUAGUAUAGAAAUAAAAGAUUUAAAUGAUUAUAAUGAAAUAAACUUACUUCAAGAUAUUCAAAAUAUGUCAUUAUUGUCAAUCAAUGAUAAAGAAAAUAUUGAAAAAGUAAGAGAAUUAGAUCCAUGGAAAAUUAUUCGUCUCCUUUUUAUGCUUAAUCUUAUACAAUUUGUUGUUCUUCUUGGUUUACUAUGGUAUAUAAAACGUCGAAAUAGAUUUUUUUUCAAACAUUUUAUAAAAAAUCAACAAUAA